CUUAAUGGUGAUAACGAGAGGAGGUAUGUGCUGGCAUCAGCGUGCCAAUGAGGGGGAAAGCCAGUGUGACUGAAUCCCUUACUCGCCCAUAAUGCGGGCACCCCUGAGUCCCUCUGUCUCUAGGGAGAGGAGCUAGGUCUGGCAGCCACGAUUUCUUGGUAGCCCCAGCCAAGGGCAUUAGUAUUAACAGCGUGAGAGGAGAGGACGAGGGGGUCCCGAGAAGACCUCUCCUAAUCCAUCCGAUCGCUUACUGCCUGUGAGCGCACGUUGUACGGGGAGGGACAAUAAGUUUAAAGAAAAAAAUCACGGACAGAUCUAUGGUGGGAAUCCGGCUAUUUUUCCCUUCGCCAAUGCAAAAGGAAAUAUGCAGCGAAGCUUCACCCUGCUCUGCACCAGUGUCCUGGGGGUGUGCUUAAGUACAAGUUUCCCAAGUAAUAUCAACAUAGGGGGCUUGUUCCCCACCGGUUCACACGAAUAUGAGGUGUUCCGAUUUGCGCUCUCCCACCACCAGGAGAUUCCUAAACUGGUACCCCAAGUGGAUAUGGUCAAUAUCAGUGAUAGCUUUGCAAUGACAUAUGCUUUCUGCUCGCAGUUCUCCAAGGGCGUGUACGCCAUCAUCGGCCUGUACGACAGGAAGACGGUGAACAUGCUGAUGUCCUUCUGUGGGGCGCUGCAUGUCUGCUUCGUCACGCCCAGCUUCCCCAUCGAAACAUCCAACCAGUUCGUGAUCCAGCUACGGCCCGAGCUGCAGGACGCCCUGGUCAGCCUCAUCGAGCACUACAAAUGGACCAAGUUCGUCUACAUGUACAGCUCAGACUCGGGACUCACGGUCAUGCAGAAAGUUCUGGACACGGCGGCGGAGAGGAACUGGCUGGUGACCUCGGUGAACCUGGAGACCAUGACGGAGGCGGCCUUCAUGAAGGUCUUCCAGGACUUGGACAAGAAGAAAGAGGGCCAGAUUGUCAUUGACUGUGAGGUGGAGAGGUUGCUGGCCAUUCUGAAGCUGAUCGCGUCCCAGGGGAAGAACGUGAAGAGCUAUCAUUACAUCCUUGCCAACCUGGGAUUCAUGGAUAUUGACCUGACCGAGUUCAGGAACGGAGGCGCCAAUGUGACAGGCUUCCAGUUGGUGAAUGACACAGACCAGACAGUCAGCAGGAUCAGCCAGCAGUGGCUGGAGUUUGACAACAAGGAUGCCAAAAACAUCAAGAAGAGACUUAAGUACACCGGGGCCCUCACUUAUGAUGGGGUUAGCGUGAUGUCCACCGCCUUCCAGAACCUCCGCAGGCAACGCAUUGACAUCUCACGGAGAGGGAAUGCCGGGGACUGUUUGGCCAACCCCCCCGCGCCGUGGGGUCAGGGAAUCGACAUCCAGCGGGCUCUGCAGCAGGUCCGGAUAGAUGGUUUGACCGGACACAUUCAGUUUAACGAGAAAGGGCGCCGGACAAACUACACCGUCAGUGUGAUGGAACUUAAGCCAACGGGACCCAAAAAAGUGGGCUACUGGAAUGAAGACGAGAAGUUUGUGAGCACAGCGACAUACAUGCUUGGCGGGAAUGAAUCCUACGGCCUGCAGAACAGGACCUACAUAGUCACUACCAUCCUCGAGUCUCCGUAUGUGAUGUUGAAGAAGAACCACGAGCAGUUGGUUGGAAACGACAAAUACGAGGGCUACUGCGUGGAGCUGGCUGCAGAGAUCGCCAAGCAUGUCGGCUACGGCUACAAGUUGGAGAUCGUGGCCGACGGGAAGUACGGUGCUAGAGAUCCUGACUCCAAGAUGUGGAACGGCAUGGUGGGAGAGCUGGUCUACGGCAAAGCCGACGUGGCGGUGGCUCCGCUGACCAUCACCCUGGUCAGGGAGGAGGUCAUCGACUUCUCCAAACCCUUCAUGAGCUUGGGAAUCUCCAUCAUGAUCAAGAAGCCAACAAAGUCCAAGCCGGGCGUGUUCUCCUUCCUGGACCCACUGGCCUACGAGAUCUGGAUGUGCAUCGUCUUCGCCUACAUCGGCGUCAGCGUGGUUCUGUUCCUGGUGAGCCGCUUCAGCCCCUACGAGUGGCACGCCGAGGACUUCGAGGAAGGACAGGACCAGCAGCAGAACCAGCAGAACCAGGCUUCUUCUUCCGGCCAGCAGGGCCAGAACCAGUCACCACAGAAUCAGCAACAGCAGCAGGAGCAGACUAAUGAAUUCGGGAUUUUCAACAGUCUCUGGUUCUCCCUUGGUGCCUUUAUGCAGCAGGGGUGUGACAUCUCGCCUAGGUCUCUCUCCGGCCGCAUCGUGGGCGGCGUCUGGUGGUUCUUCACCCUCAUCAUCAUCUCCUCCUACACGGCCAACCUGGCGGCCUUCCUCACCGUCGAGAGGAUGGUGUCGCCCAUCGAGAGUGCCGAGGACCUGGCCAAGCAGACGGAGAUUGCCUAUGGAACCCUCGAUGCAGGUUCCACCAAAGAGUUCUUCCGGAGGUCAAAGAUCGCUGUUUUUGAGAAGAUGUGGUCCUACAUGAAGUCAGCAGACCCGUCCGUGUUUGUGAAGACGACGGACGAGGGUGUGCUCCGCGUGAGGAAGUCGAAGGGCAAGUACGCCUACCUGCUGGAAUCCACCAUGAACGAGUAUAUUGAGCAACGGAAGCCAUGUGAUACCAUGAAGGUGGGAGGUAACCUGGACUCCAAGGGCUACGGGAUCGCCACCCCAAAAGGGUCCGCUCUAAGAAACCCAGUAAACCUGGCAGUGUUAAAACUGAACGAGCAAGGCCUCUUGGACAAAUUGAAAAACAAAUGGUGGUAUGACAAGGGAGAAUGCGGCAGCGGGGGAGGUGAUUCCAAGAAUCCCCGUAAACCUCGCGGUGUUGAAGCUCAAUGAGCAAGCCGUCUUAGACAAACUGAAAAACAAAUGGUGGUACGAUAAAGGGGAGUGUGGAAGCAACGACUCCGCAAGAAAGGUCAGUCCACCAGCUGGUCCCACCUAACAUCCUAGAUCACUUAUGUACCUUUAGGAGGCGCCCAUGUCCCCCCCCCAAGCCCCUCAUCCCUGCUCCCCCCAGCACAUUACGCAUUGCCACCUCUCUCUCCAGUCUGUCAUUUGCCUUCCAGAACCAUCCGAGCAGUGUACAGAUCCCCAGUCAGCCUUUGUAUUGUGUCCCGGCGGUUCACCACGAGAGUCCCGCCGGCAGAUGUGGUGCAGGAGAGAGGCUCCGGAAAGGGCCGGUGGCGGGGAUUGGCGAUGUGCCAAGUCAGCCUAUCUCUGUGAAUUAUUUAAUGAGUUAAAUGUCAUGCCGAUAAUUGGCUUGUCCCCUAUCAGAAGCCACUUAACGUUUGUACAUUGCAUGGGAGACCCUGGGUGGGAUAAGGGUCAUUUUAUAGAAUGGGAGGGACAUAGGUGGACAAACUGAUUAAAAAAACAUGGUUUCAAAGUUUAUUUUAAAAUUCCCUUUGCUUAUGAAUGCCAAAGCGCCAAUUCCCAGCUCCGGGGUUUCUGGUGCAGCUACUGGGCAUUAUUUAUGCGUCGUUAUCCUUCACUCUGGUUCCCACAGUUCUGCAGGAAUGGCAAGCACAAUUGUGGAAGGGGUAAGAGCCGGUCCAGAGGACAAUAAGCACUGAACAUGAAAUUUUCAUUUUCUAAGGGCGCUGUGUAAAAUCUUCGGCAGUGCCCAGUUUUAAUGUGCACAUAACCAGAAGGGGAACCAUUUUGGUAAUUUUAUCAGAAAUAACAUUUCCAUGGAAUUAACGCAUCCCAGACCGAACAGAAUGACCUCAGCUGUGAUUUCAUAAGAGACCAUCCAUAAUGCAUUGCAUCUUUUCCGCUGACUAAAAUUGAACAUAUAAAUGAGUAAAUGUCAGACUGGAGAGAAAGGAGUUUCUUUCAAGGUCCCUUAUCCUUUUAUCACUGCCCCCCCAGUCCUCUUUAUGAUAUUGCUCCCCCUCCUGUCAGAACAGCCAUUUGCAUGCUUAUUGGACAAGAUCCUUAGGCCCAGGACAAGGUGCCCAGAACCGACUGCAUGAGACUAGUGAUGGCCACGCCCUUUGCUGUGACAUCACAAUGGUCCUGUCUCACUGCGUGAUAAAUACCAGGAGAGCCUCCCUUCCCUUUCUAUACGGAUUACACCUUCAGCUGGAGCCUCCAGCAAGCCCUCCCCCUAAACCAGUCGAUACCGGCCUCUCUUUAGCUCUUGUACUGUCCCGCAUGGUCGCAGCCAGCGUCCUAGACCCACAGCCCUGAACAAAAACAUAUAUAUCCUUUAACGACAAUAUACAGAUGCAUUAAUUGUUUGGAGUUUGUGUCUGUCUUUGUAUACCUUGUUAUGGAUGGGAGAUUGAUGACAUUAAGAAUGGCGAAUGAUUAUUGGGCAGUAUUCAGAUGAGAUGGCCUGUGUAUGAGCUUAAAUCCAGGGCAUGUUUGCAUGAUUCUCUUGCAUUUGUGACUGAAGUAGCUAAUUGUUCUUCAGAAAAUAAACAGACCUUUAUUAAGUUUACAUAGCCAGCACAAAAUAAUAAAUGUUAAGAUAUUUCUCUAAAUUUAAUUAUUGUUAUUGUAUUUGAAAAAGUUUUUUUUUUUCUAUAAUUCAGUGUGUAUUUUUAAAAGUGAGGUAACCUAUUUUGUUUAUCUGUUUUUAAAAAAUGCAGUGCGUUUAACGUUAAUUUUGAUUAGCGGCUAUCAUAUUGACGGGUCGUGCAUGCAUGUCUGUCUCAGUCUGUGCUCGUUUCUGCAUGUGCAUGUGGAAGGCCAGGCACGUCUGAGUGUCUCUCUCACCCGCUGCCUCUCCGCCCACAGGACAAGACCAGCGCUCUGAGCCUCAGUAAUGUGGCUGGGGUCUUCUACAUCCUGAUCGGUGGGCUGGGCUUGGCCAUGCUGGUGGCCCUGGUCGAGUUCUGUUACAAGUCAAGAACCGAGUCCAGGAGAAUGAAGGUGUCCUC